AUGACAAUGCACCAUGCACAACAGAUGCAACGUGUGCAACAGAUUUCUACUUGCUGCGAGUUAUAUGGUGAAGGUCACAUAAGUGACAUAUGUCCCGUGAAUCCUGAAUCAAUCUACUACGUGGGGCAACAAGCUAGAGGGCCGAUGAAUCAACAUGCUCAAUGUGGUAACACAUACAAUCUGAACUGGAGGAAUAAUCCUAACUUCUCUUGGGGCGGAAAUCAGAAUAUCAGGCCUCAAGCAAAUUACAAUCAUCCACCUCAACCUCCACAGCAAGCAGAGGAGAGUUUGACCGACAUGAUGAAAAAGCUGUUGAUAGACAAUCAGAAAGUUAUGGCUGAGAAUCAACAAUUGCGCACAGAGUUUAGAAAUAUGGAGAGGCAGUUUGGGCAAAUGGCUAACAAUCAGAAUACUAAACCUGCUGGAGCUCUCCCGAGUGAUACUGAACCUAAUCCUAAGGCUCAAGUCAAUGCGGUUACCUUGAGAAAUGGAAGAGAAUUAGAAGAAGUUCCAGAGAAAAAGAAGUAUACAACUAGACCCGACGGAGCAUUAGUUCCUAAGCUCACUGAGGAGAAUAAGAAAGAAAAUCCAGAAAUUGAAGUGCCUAAGUAUGCAAGGUAUCUCGGGGAUAUUAUGGCAAACGAGCGAAGACAUACGGAGUUUGAAACAGUUUCACUUACUGAAGAGUGUAGUGCUAGAGUUCAGAGUAAACUUCCUCCUAAGUUGAAGGAUCCUGGGUGUUUCACAAUUCCUCUGUCUCUUGGAAAACAAGAAGUUGGUAGAUCCCUGUGUGAUUUAGGGGCUAGUAUAAAUUUGAUGCCAUCCUCUUUGUUCAAGCAACUCGGAUUGGGGGUGCUUAGACCUACUACAAUCACUUUACGGUUGGCAGAUAAGUCACUAGUUAUACCAGAAGGAAUUAUCGACGAUGUGUUAGUUCGAGUGGGAAAGUUUAUUCUUCCUGCUGAUUUAUUGUUCUUGAUUACGAGGCAGAUCAGGAAGUACCCACUAUUUUGGGGCGACCAUUCUUAG